AUGGGACUCGGUGUCUUGGAAGAUACCAAACUUCCGCAUGUGCCUGGUACCGUCCUCCUGAACGACGAGGCUGCACAUGCCGAAGCUCAGACAGCGAAUCUCAAGCAUGGAACGGGCAGAAACUCCCACAUCGUGCUUUCUCCUCAACCGAGCGAUGAUCCAAAUGAUCCCCUUAAUUGGCCUCUUUUGAAGAAGGAGGCCAUCAUUUGGAUUCUCUGUUUCGGUUCCAUGCUGAACGCGGCAACGAAUGGUCCUUUCUUGAACGCUUCAUACUUCGCCAUUGCCCAGGAAAUUAAAACGGAUCUUACGACCACGGUCCUGGUGUCGGGCUACAACAUCCUCGCAGCCGGCUGUGCUGGGCCCUUCGUAUGUGCCUUCAGCCGCAGAUACGGCAAACGGCCUGUCUUCAUUGUGUCUACUCUCUUCUGCAUCGUGGGCACCGCAAUCGGCGAGUCGAAAAUAAGCUACAAUUACCUCCUCGCGGCUCGAAUUGUGCAGGGUUUCUCGACCAGCGCUUUCGAAUCCCUCAUUGUCGCGGCCGUGGGAGAUCUCUACUGCGUGCAUCAACGAGGCUUACGAAUCUCGACCAUCAACUUCAUCCUGAACUCGGCCUCCAGUCUGGCUUCGAUCAUCUGCGGCCAAGUGUUCAACAACCUAGGACUUCUCUGGCUUUUCCACCUUUUCCAAAUAUUCCUGGUCAUCCAGUUUGUCCUCAUGUUCUUGUUCGUCCCGGAGACGACGUAUCGUCGCGAAUCCAUCUACGAAACCGACAUCGUCAAGGUUGAGACAUUCGAGGAAAUUGAAAAGGCUCACGAAGAACAUCGUGAGCAUGCCAUUGCUGUCAAAGAGCUCAACGAACCCGCUGCCGCGGGCUCCUCCUCGCGCAUUCCCCCCAAGAAGACGUUUGUCCAAGAACUCAAGUUCUACAACGGCGUCUUCUCUCAUGACAGCAUCCUCAAGUGGGUCUUGGGCAUGUUCCUCACCCUCCUCAACCCAGCUGGAUGCUACUCCAUCAUAGUCUCGGGUCUCCUUUGCGCCUGGUACGUCGGCUCAGCGAUCAUUCUGGCCGGCAUCUUUGCGGGCCCGCCCUGGUUGUUUGAUCCCGCCCAGAUCGGCUACCUUGGAGCAGGGCCGUUCGUCGGCGGAAUGAUCGGAUCCAUUAUCGUGGCAGUGAGUGGGGAUCGAGUGGUGAAAUGGAUGACGAUUAAGAACAAAGGGACAUAUGAACCUGAAUUCCGCCUGGUAUUCAUGCUUCCCUGCGCCAUCUUUUCCGGCUUCGGCAUGUUCUUCUUCGGCUAUACCAUGGCCCACGGGUCCAGCGCCGUCCUUUGCGCCUUCUGUCAGGGUUUGAUGAUGGUUGGUGUCCUCAUUGGCGUUUGGUCGACCAUGUCCUAUGGGUUGGAUGCCUUCCGUAGCCAGAGUAACGAGAUGUUUGUGAUGAACAUGUUUUUCAAGAACUUUAUGUUUUAUGGCCUCUCCAACUUUGCCAACAACUGGGUCGCCGCCAAAGGUCCUGAGGAAAUCAUGUUCACGUUCGGAGGCACCACCUUGGCCAUGUGUCUCCUCGCCAUCCCCGUGUAUAUGUAUGGGAAGAAGUUGAGGAGCUGGUGGACCAGGCAUGAUCUCUUUGUCUACUUCGGCAUGCACUCUACCGGACCAGAGAGUCAUAUGGGUUAA